AUGAUUGCAGAAUUUGAUGUAGUAAUGCAAGAGCAUGUUAGACGUGUUCAAAAUCAUGAAGUUCAUUAUCAUUAUCUUAGCAACAAAAUACAAAAUGAGUUGAUUUCUCGUUUAGGCCUUGCUGUUAGGAGCUCUAUCAUUAAGAAAAUUAAAGAAGCAAAAUAUUUUUCUGUAAUUCUUGAUUGUACUCCAGAUAUAAGUCAUCAAGAACAAAUGGUCCUAGUUGUACGUUGUGUGAAUAUGUCCAGUAAUCAAAUAAAGAUAGAAGAGUACUUCUUGGAAUUUGUGAAGGUAGAUGAUACAUCUGGACUGGGGCUCUUUAAUGAAUUGUUAAGUGUAUUACAAUUACUUGAUCUUGAUGUUGAUGAUAUUAGAGGCCAAUGUUAUGAUAAUGGUUCUAACAUGAAAGAUACUUUGAAGUCAUUGGAUGAUAGUAAAUUAAGAAAUUGUUGCAAUCAUCUUGAAAGUGUUUUAUCUCAUAAUGAUUCAUCUGAUAUUGAUCUUAAUGAUAUGUUUUCUGAAUUAAGAGUGCUACAAAAAACUUUACCAGAAGUGUCAAUGACAGCAAUCCAAAUUUUGGAAUUUGUUAAGCAAGCUGAUUGUUAUCCAAAUGUUUCAAUUGCCUAUCGAAUCUUAUUAACUGUGCCUGUAUCUGUAGCAACAGCGGAGAGAAGUUUUUCAAAAUUGAAGUUGGUCAAAACCUACUUGCGUUCAACAAUGGCACAAGAAAGAUUGAACAAUUUGGCUAUUCUAAGCAUCGAGAAUGAGAUGUUACAAGACAUAGACGUUGAUUGUAUUAUUAAUGACUUUGCAUCAAAUAAUGCUCAAAGAAAUUGUUUUAAGUAA